CAGUGGCAGUCAUUCACAGUGAUAUCAGUCCUAUACGUAAGUAGUAAGUACUUACUUGCAGCGGCGUAGGAUGAUAAUUAUCAGGAUUCGCAUUUUGUGUUGCUUUUUUUAUUUUUUCGUUGUCGACUGUCUGCGUUUUUGGGAUGUGAUUGCAUAGAUUGCACUGCCAACAGGUUUCUUCGAGGUUGAGUAAAAGCAGAUUUGAAUCAGUCCUGUUACUAACUUACUACCGAAGAGGAAAGCACGUUGACGGACGCUUGGGAUCAACUUUUGUUACGAUUUAGUGAGUUUGAUUAUUGAUCUGGGAAGGGGAUUCUGUAAUAUCACUUCUGACUUCUCAGUCAGAACUUAACAGGAAAGAAAGCGUUAUUCCCCGUCUGUAAAUUGUUUAUACUGAGUCCUUUUUGCUUGAGAUAUCAGCGGUUGUCACUGAGAUUUUGAUGGUGGGAUUGUGAGCCGUGCUUGGUGGUCGCGGACUGGAAGCCUAACGUUAUCAUGACGGCGUUUUUGCCUCCAAAUCUUCUUGCUCUCUUUGCGCCUGGGCCACCGAUUCCUUACCUGCCCCCUCUGGAUAAAGCUUCGGGAGAAAGGAAACGCGCUGGAUAUCAUGGAAUAGGGGCAUUUCUGAAUCAGUUCGAGGAUCCUAGAGACGCUCCUCCUCCUGCACGCUUGGAAAGCCGAGAAGAACGGCGAGAGCGUAAGAAGCGAGAGCGACAAGAGAUGAUGACAUACAAACUGGAACAGGAGUUGGCAAAAUGGAAUCCAUCAAACCUGGAAUUCUUGUCCGAUCCGUAUAAAACCUUAUUUGUGGGCAGACUCAAUUACGAUACGUCUGAAAGCAAACUGAAGCGGGAGUUCGAGCAGUAUGGACCGGUUGUUUCUGUUAAAAUCGUUACCGAUCCAAAUUCGGGGAAAUCCAAAGGGUAUGGUUUUGUGGAAUUUGAGAAUGAACGAGAUAUGAAUUCGGCUUAUAAGUACGCCGAUGGGAAGCGGAUAGAUGAUCGGCGCGUUGUGGUGGAUGUCGAGCGUGGGCGCACCGUAAAAGGCUGGAAACCCCGGCGUUUGGGUGGAGGUCGAGGUGGGCGGAAGACUGGGGCUACCGACCCGGAUAAGCGACGGGCAUCUAUGGAGAAUGAGCGUCCGGCCGGCGGUGGCCCCAUGAGGUCAGAUCGUGAUCGGGACCGCAAUCGAGACCGUGGGGGCCCUUACCAGGGUCCGGGUGAUCGGAGUUUCGACAAUCGCGGUCCAGGAGGGUACGGCGAUCGAGACCGGCACGGAGAUCGUGGAGGUCCAAUGAGAGAUGACAGGGGCGGGCAUCGCGACAGGGGCGAGGAUCGAUUCAGAGAUAGGGAUGAUCGCAAUGGUUACCGCGACAGAGAUCGUAAUGGAUCGCGAUAUGGCGGUGGCGGUGGUGGAGACGAUCGUGACAGGAACCGCCGACGGUAUUAAUUGUUGCACUUCCCGUUUCGUUAUUACAAAUAAAAUAUAAGGACUCCUAAUAUAAUAAGAACUUCUAAUGGUUGCAUUUGCGUUUGUAUGAAUGCAGUCGCUGUAGUUUCUUGAAGUUCAAAGUGACCGUGCAGUUAGAUGGAACGCAGUUUGUCGUGACGGACUUCUUUUGAUCGUUGUUUUCCAAACACAUUGCUAUUGCCUAUUGUUAAUCGAAGUGUAUACAUCGAUACAAUACUGUACUUGAAUUUCAUAUCACACUGCUAUUCGCACCUGUUGUUUUGGUACAUAAAUUGUGGGUUCGAUUUUUUCGGUGCUUAACAUUGG